AUGUCUGGAAAUAUGUCGCUAAUCGACUGGUUGACGUUUGCGAGAUUGCCAUUUAUUGUACUACACCACGUAUUUUGUAUUAAAUAUGCCUUCAGCAAGCCGCAGAUCUCGCCGCUGAUUCGGGUAGUGCUGGUUAUCUUCAUGAUCGAUCUCGUCGAUAUUGUCCCAAGCUUUCUACACGAUUUCCUGGGGAAAUACCUGGAGAAGCAGAUCUUUCCCGACCUUCUCGUUGACUAUAUCAUCAUCACAAAAGCGAUUAGAUGGUACGGCACUCAAGCAUUGAUUGUCUUCAUCGCCUUCCUACAACUGUGGUCGAUUUAUAAUUUAACCCGUUUGAAAGAAUUCUCAAACACCAUGCUAAAUAUUUCUAUAGCUGGGAUACUGUGCUUUGCUACUGUAAUCGCUUUUCCUCUACUGACGGAUUGGGCGGGGUUUAUUUUUCUGAUUCCCGGGUAUUAUUGGAGCUUUGACAAGUCGAAGCCCGGAACAUGGAUUUACGAGAUUUGGAAUUGGAUCGCACAGAUUAUCUGCUUGGUGUUCAUCAUCAUGGCCGACAUCUACGUCAUCUAUUUUUUGCAUCGACACCGGCGGGCGAGCAGGCGGCAAACACUGACUGGGGCAUCGUCGGUUCACAUGCAUGAACCCUCCCAGCCAUCAGUGCGAAGUGGCACGAAAAUCCAGCUGACGCCUCAAAUGCGCCCGACCGUUCCGAGAAAGGAACGUCUCAGAAUCGAACGCGGCCUGGCGAUCUGCUUCAUCAUUUUCAGUUUCGGCUUCGUCUUGGAAACCGUGUCUUUCAACUUUUUGAACAGCAUCAACUCCGUCUACAUCCGCUACGUACAGCUGUUCGCCAACUGGCUUGACUAUUUCAAAUUUAGCGCCUAUAUCUUUAUUUUACGCAAC